AUGUCGAUCUUAUUUUAUAAUGGUGACUUGGAUACACAGAACAACUUCCUGAGUGCUCAGAACUUUGUACGUAAUCUUGCUGCUAGCCAAGGACUUUCAGUUAUCAGAGAAGACACCUGGCGUGCCAAUUACUACCGUGGAAUUUAUGCCGAUACAGAUGGUGGUCUGCGAACCCUGUACGAUGGAAAUCUGCAUGUGAUUUCCAUACGGGGCGCUGGCCAAUCCGCGGCGCUUACGCGACCCGCGCAAACGCUACAAGUUGUCCGCAACUUUGUCCGCGGGCUAAGCUAUGAUAAUUGCUUGAGCGCUUUGAAUUUGGGAGCUGCACCUCUUCUGCCUGACUACAGUCAGCAACUCAAUCCAGACACUUCCCGAAUGGAAGCAGAUAGGAUUGUCAAUCUACCUGGUUUAACAUUCGAGACAAACUUUAAUCAAUAUUCCGGAUAUCUUCGAGGUUCCGACACUCAUAUGUUACAUUAUUGGUGAGU